GUGCCCGUAAAUCCUGUACAAAGGCCUGAUGAGAUGAUGCAAAUCCAAAGUAAUGCAUCGAACCAAAAUGCAACUCAGAAUUAUGAUUUGCUUUCUGAGACGUUAAUACCAACAAUGAUCAUGUGGAGAUACCAUGGAAAGGAUGUAGCCAUUGAGGGUUCAUGGGAUAACUGGAAGACAAGAGAUUUCCUACAAAAAACAGACAAUGACUUCGCGAUUAUCAAAGUGCUCCCAUCAGGUGUUUACCACUUGCGGUUUAUUGUUGAUGGACAAUGGAGGCAUUCUCCAGACUUGCCACAAGAGCGCGAUGAUUUGGGGAACAUUUUUAAUGUUUUGGAUUUACAGGAUUUUGUUCCAGAAGUCGUUAAUAACAAUUCCGACUUGGAGUCUCCUUCUUCCCCUUUUUCUAGCUAUAACAACUUACCCUUCAGUUUAGAAGAUUUCAAUGAAAAAUUGCCUGAAUUGCCUCCGCUACUGCAACAAUCACCACUCGAUCAAUCAUCAUCCUCAAGGGACAGUACCGAGUUUCUGGAGAAGCCUUUAGCUGCAGUGUUGAAUCAUCUAUACAUUCAGAAAGGGCGCACGGGCGAAUCUUUGGUGGCACUUAAUUCCACUCAUCGCUUUCGCACAAAAUACGUGACAGUUGUACUUUACAAGCCACUGAAGAAGGCAAAGAAAUGAAAUAUUUCCCCAAAUUCCUGGAUUUUGAAAUAUAGAUAUGAUAUUACUAGGAAAAUUGUUAUAUGCCAAUUGUAUUAAUUGCUUAGAAGAAAGGCUAAUGCAGGAAAAAAAUAGGAUUUUUGCCAUAUAAACCUAUUUAUGGGUACUUCUAUUCAUUUUGGAUAUGAUAAUUUACUCCUCUUCUUGCAUCAGUGGGAUUGUAAUUUAUUGACUUCACUGCGGAAAAAAAAUUUGAAUCUGUAAAGAUUGGAUUCAUACUGAUAACUUUAUGCCCCAUA